AUGCUACCACAUUUGGUGUUUGAUGAUAAGUGUAUCCCGACUGAGCACUAUACAUUUGUGAAUAUAGUUGAUCAUGUACUCUCAAGUCACAUUGGCUCCAUACACAAGUUCGAGCUUGCUCAAGAAAAUUUAUCGUUUAGAGAUAUUGAUAGGUGGAUACUUCAUGUAUCAAGAAACUCUGUUAAAGAGUUGAUACUUGAAAAAGCUUGUGGAGACUACGAACUCUAUUUGAUGCCUUCAUAUAUGUAUGUUUGCAUGUCAAGACUUGAUGCGUUAAAGUUAAAUAAAUGUUUGCUACAACCUCCGUCCACAUUCAAAGGCUUCAAAAGUUUGAGAAUCCUUUGUAUUGGAAAUGUUAACCUGGAUCAAGAGAUGCUCGAAAAUUUCACUUCUUGUUUUCUGCUUGAGAGGUUGACUUUGAAAGAUUGUCACGGUUUCCAGCAACUCAAGAUUGAUGCACCAAAUCUCCGAUUUCUUCUCUUUACAGGUGAUUUUGAGGAUAUUAAUAUUUUGAAUACCUUAAAUCUUGUUGAUGCUACGAUUGGUUUGCGAUUCCGGAGAAGUGGUCCGUGCAGACCUACCAAUUUGCUAAAGUUCUUUGCAAAUCUUCCCCAUAUUCAGAGGCUUCGCAUCAGCAGCUAUUUUACAAAAUAUUUGGCUAUCGGUUCCUCGCUGGAAAAGCUGCCUAGCUAA